UCGUUGUACAGAGGCAACAUGGGCAAGCUACUCAUCUGUGUCGGACUGGCUCUCCUGCUGCAUGUGCAGCUAGGAUCAUCCUAUCUCCUCUCCUGUUAUUUCACUAACUGGGGACAGUACCGUCCAGGUGCAGGCAAGUAUUUCCCCACCAAUGUUGACCCAUGUCUCUGUGACCACCUUAUCUAUGCCUUUGCCGGAAUGGACAACAACAUGAUCAAGACCUACGAGUGGGACGAUGAGAAACUCUAUGGACAGUUCCAGGCCCUGAAGAACCAGAACAGCAACCUGAAGACUCUGCUGGCCAUUGGAGGAUGGAACUUUGGCACUGCUAAGUUCACAGCCAUGGUCUCCAGUGCUGCUAAUCGCCAGACCUUCAUCAACAGUGUGAUCAAGUUCCUGCGUCAGUAUGAGUUCGAUGGUCUGGAUAUUGACUGGGAGUACCCCGGCUCUCGUGGCUCCCCACCUCAGGAUAAGGAGCGCUACACUGUCCUGGUUCAGGAGCUGAUGAGCGCCUUUGAGGAGGAGGGCAAGAAGACCAACCGUCCUCGUCUGAUGCUGACUGCUGCCGUCUCUGCUGGAAAGGGAACCAUUGAGACUGGAUACCAGAUUGCCCAGAUUGGAGCUGUGCUGGACUACUUCCAUGUGAUGACCUAUGACUUCAAUGGUCCCUGGGAGCACAAUGUUGGAGAGAACAGCCCUCUCUACAAAGGCCCUGCUGACCAAGGAGCCCUCAUCUACUUCAAUGUGGACUAUGCUAUGAAUUACUGGAAGAGCAAUGGUGCCCCAGCUGAGAAGCUGCUGGUUGGUUUCCCUACUUAUGGCCACACCUUCCGUCUGGCUUCUUCUAACACAGCUGUGGGUGCUCCCGCCAACGGACCUGGACCUGCUGGACCCUUCACCCGUCAGGCUGGUUUCUGGGCCUACUAUGAGAUCUGCACCUUCCUGAAGCAAGGAGCCACCCAGGCCUGGGACUCUGCCCAGGAUGUGCCUUAUGCCUAUAAAGAUGGUACCUGGGUUGGAUACGACAAUGUGAAGAGCUUCCAGAUCAAGAUUGAGUGGCUGAAGAAGAGCGGUUUUGGAGGGGCCAUGGUGUGGAGUCUGGACUUGGAUGACUUCAGUGGCACUUUCUGUGGCCAGGGAAAAUAUCCUCUGAUCAGCACUCUGAAGAGUGGCCUGGGAACUGGAACUGUGACCCCCACCCAGCAUGCUCAGCCUCAGCCUGAGCCUCAGCCCCAGCCCAGUGGUGGUGGUGGUGGCAGCAGCAGCAGUGGUGGCAGCACCAGUGGCGGCAGCGCCGGAGGAUCUGGCUUCUGCGCUGGAAAGGCCAACGGACUGUACCCCAGUCCCACCGACAAGAACCAAUUCUACUCAUGUGACCAGGGAAAAACCUACAUCCAGCACUGUGCUGUCGGCCUGGUCUUUGAUGACAGCUGCAAGUGCUGUAACUGGGCUUAAAGAAAUCCAUGGUUAAACUUCAUGAGAGUUGUUCUUAAUGUUGUGGGUAUAAUAUCAUGUAAUGCAAUACCAUGCUGCUAAGG